AUGCCCUUGGAUCCGUCCCCGUUUUACAUCGCGAUGGAGGUGGCGAUAGCCAUGUCGUCGGUCGUUGGGAACGUCAUGGUGGUGUGGGCUGUGCGUAUCAACCGGUCCCUGAGAGAUACAACCUUUUGUUUCAUCGUCUCUCUGGCGCUGGCCGACAUCGCGGUCGGGGCGCUUGUCAUCCCGCUCGCCAUAACCAUGAGCAUCGGACCCAGGGCGCACUUCCACGGCUGCCUACUGGGCGCAUGCACCGUGCUGGUGCUGACGCAAAGUUCCAUCCUGGCGUUGCUGGCCAUCGCCAUCGACCGCUACCUGAGAGUCAAAAUACCCAUGAGCUAUAAGCGUGUGGUGACCCCUCGGCGAGCUGGAAUGGCUGUAGUGCUAUGUUGGCUAGUGUCCUUCAUAGUCGGCCUCACACCAAUGUUGGGGUGGAAUAACCUGCAGCGUCUCCAUGAUAAUGGCUCCCAAGAGAAUGAGGACCUCUUGGUGAUCUGCCGGUUUGAGAACGUCAUCUGCAUGGACUAUAUGGUCUACUUCAACUUCUUUGGCUGGGUGCUUCCCCCUUUGCUCCUCAUGCUGGUCAUUUAUGUGGAAAUAUUUUACAUGAUCCACAAACAGCUCAACAAGAAGGUAACAGCCAGCUACAGAGACCCCAGUCGAUACUAUGGCAAAGAGCUCAAGCUAGCUAAAUCGUUAGCCUUGGUUCUCUUCCUCUUUGCCAUCAGCUGGCUUCCUCUACACAUCCUCAACUGCAUCACCCUCUUUUGUCCUAACUACACCAAUCCCAUAACCCUCCUUCACAUCGCUAUCCUCCUCACCCAUGGUAACUCGGCCGUCAACCCCAUUGUUUAUGCUUUCCGCAUCAAAAAGUUUCAAACAGCCUUCCGGAAAAUCUGGGAGCAGUACAUACUUUGUAAGGAUCCAAUUGGUCAGCUGCCCCAAAGAGGUAGCCAGAGAGGACAGAGUUAUGAGAGGAGGCUGAGGCGGAACAAUGAUGAUGAUGAUGAUGAUGUGUGAUUUUUGGAAGCUGUGUUUGGACGGCAGUGGAGUCUUGAAUUUAGGAGCCUUGUUUCCUUGUUUUCUUGUACAUGGAGUCACCUCAUUUGUUCACAGAAUGGAAAGGAUGCUCGCCUUCUUUUCAACUCUCACUUGAGAGAUUGUUGGUCAAAUAUAGAAGUUAUACUGUUGCCAGUAUAUAUAUCUGUUAGAAUUGAA